AUGGGAGUGGGGGGCACCUUGGAGUACCUGUCCGGGCUGCUGGGGGGCGGCGGAGGCCAUGGCCAUGGCCACGGCCACGGCAACAGGAGGAGGAGGAAGCAGAUGCAGACGGUGGAGCUCAAGGUCAGCAUGGACUGCGAGGGGUGCGAGCGCAAGGUCAAGAACGCGCUCUCCUCCAUGAAAGGGGUCCGAUCAGUGAACAUCAACAGGAAGCAGCAGAAGGUGACGGUGGCGGGGUACGCGGAUGCCAGCAAGGUGCUGAGGAAGGCGCAGUCCACGGGGAAGAAGGCCGAGAUAUGGCCCUACGUGCCCUACAGCCAGGUCAGCCAGCCCUACGUCGCCGGCACCUACGACAAGCGGGCCCCCGCCGGCUACGUCAGGAGCCAGGAGCCCGGCUACGGCAACGUGUCCGGCCAGGUCAGCAGGCAGGACGACCAGCUCACCGACAUGUUCAACGACGACAACGCCAACUCCUGCGCCGUCAUGUGA